AUGGCAACACCACAUAAAAAACAAAAAUUAGAACAUAAUGAUGAUCUUUUUUUAUUUGAUUUAUCUGAACGUUUUCAUUCAUAUUGUUAUCCACAAAUAGAUGAUGAAUUACCAUCAAUAUCAUUAGAUGAUCUUUAUCAACGUCUUAAUAAACAUGAUUUAGAAUAUCGUUCAUCAAUAAAUCUAAAUCUUCAAAAUUUAAAUCAAGAAAUAUUAUUAAAUGAAGAAAAC